AUGAAACUGAUGAGACAAGGCACUUCAUCUACUUCUACCUUGGCCAAGUUGCCAUUUUGUUGUUCAAAUCUGGAUGAGAUCAAGUUUCGCGACUCAGGAGGAUUUCAAAAGAGGCUUUAUAAAACGUCGCUAACUUUGAAAACGUGUUUUGCCGUCUGCCUACAGAAUGAGGUGAACUGCGAGAUAGUGGAAACGACAAAUGAAACCUCCUGUUAUGAACCUUCGCAAGUUAACGACUGA